AUGGUACGCUUACAGAUCAAAAAGACUCCGAACGGGUACAAAGCAAAUUUAAGCAAGGGACUAGGCAAGAUCAAGCGCAUGUAUGUAUGUGUGCAGUAUGGUAGCGAACGUCCGAUUACCGAUGUCGAUGUCAUCACACUCGACUUUGCUGAAAACCCCCCAUCCGAGUACUAUGUGAUUACGAGAACUGUGGGAGGCAAGAGCGCGAAUUUGAAUCCAGGGUUCGGCUCAAAAAAAACUUACUUGACGUACUGUACGCAAAGUACGAGCCGCGCCACGGAGAGACCAAUCACAGAUAUGGCCGUGAUAAUUAUGAGUAGAGGCGAAAAGCCGCCGGAAAACAUGUUUUGUUUGCAGAAAACUGUGAGUCAUAUGCUCAGUAGUGCGAAGGUGUUUUUAUGCUACCAACGAGACGCUCCGCUCAAUCACGCAAGGUUGUCACUUCCCACUUUGCCCAGGAAUAGCAGCGCUUCUUCGUCGACAACCAAAUUGUCAGAAGCCCGGAUCCAUUCGCAUUCGGAAUCGCAGGUGGAAGGGGUUCGGGCUCCCACCCUGCUCUCGCAGGCCAUGCAAUCGCGAGCUAAAGCUGGGUCAGAACCGGUAAUGGAGACAUCCGAAGAGUUCAACGCAGUGAAUUCUCCCGGAUCCAGCCAAUCUCACACAUUAUCGGCACGAAACAUAGACAGUACUAACAGUCUGAGCAACAGCUUACAGGCCUUUCUCAUGCACAACAGUCAGAAUGAAAGUCCGGAACACUCCUGCUAUUUCCCUACUCACAGCGGCAAUGUGGGCGGGGCUGCUUGGCGAGACCAGUGGACGAGUGAGGGUGUGCCAUCCGGGCAGGAGAAUAGGGAUCGCUUACCCUCAUUCGCAUCGGCAACUGCGAUAUUCGGAUCACAAGCCGCUCUAGACUUGAAUUCGUCUGGCACUGCAAGUUUAGAUGCCGCGUCAUACAAAAUUGGUAAAACAGCUAGCAGCCUCCCGGGUAUCCAUGCUCGAUCAGUAUCAGAUGCGGUGGAGGUAAAAACUUCUGGUUUACAGUCUGAUAGAAGCAACCCCCGUCUGCGAAGCCGCUCAGACGCACCUCUCGGCAGUGGGCGCCUGGGUGCUUUACGGAGGGUGUACAACACGGUACAUGCUGGCACUGAUUCGAGCGACGAUCUCUCUGCCAGGAAUAGUAUGACGUCGUCGGUGGCUGGUGUACAAACGACCGGUAUUGCACGCACACGUACGCAAGAACAAGUGAUAUAUGAGUCACCAACUGCCAACUCGGAUGAGGAGCAACAACAGGCCAUUGCGUUCCUUCCCUCAUUACGGUCCCUUGUUGCGGUGCUGGAACAGACUGACUCACCAGCUUCACAAUAUGAGCAUUAUAUUACGCGUAGCGGUGAGACAAAUACUUUGGCGAACAUUGCAUUCGCAUCAAAGAAUGGGGACUUGGGUGGCGAUGGACUCCCGUCGUAUGACCAGGUAGAGAAGAAGCAGAAUUCUUCGGAGUAUUGGAAGGCGCGAGGCAAUGAAGCUUUUCAGAGAGCCGACUAUGCUGAGGCUAUUGAGAUGUUUAGUGCAGGGUUGAGGCUGGAUCCGACCAAUUAUCCACUGCUCAGUAACCGAUCUGCAUGCUACUUCGAGACGCGAGAUACUAGUUUGGCGCUGGAGGAUGCGAAGAAGGUGUGUACUCUGGCACCUUUGUGGUUCAAGGGGUAUCUGCGACAAGGUAUGGCAUAUGGGAAAAUGGGAAGGUUAAGAGAAGCCUUGGGGUGCUACGAAAAGGCCGCGGAAUUGCACACGGAAUCGGUUGGUAUGGAGAUGGAAGAGCUGGUCAUAAGUACACGGCACGCACUGGCAGAGAAAAUCUGGAAUAUAUCUGUCCAUAAAGAAUAUGCGACAUUGGAUUUCGAGCGCGCGGCCCUGCAUUUGGCAGAGUGUGUGAAGCUGGACCCAUUUAACCCUGUGAUGGAGACUGGCAAAGUCCCGCUGCUGCUCACCGAAAAUAAGUAUAGAGAAUGUGUUAAUGCGGCAGACUCGAUCCUCGAAAAUUUGCCGAGCGAAAUGACGGCUCUUGUGUCCAAAGCGCUCGCACUGGCACAGAUGAGGCAAUCACGUGCUGCGCUCGAGACGAUAGUAAAAGCUAGUAAAGGAUUGUAUUUAACUAGUAGAGCGCCGUGUCUCAGAGCACAUCGGUUGCUUCUUGAAUGGGCGACAGCGGUCUCGUGCGAGUAUUACCAAAUAGACUACGGACCCGGAGCAAGUACUCAGGAAAUAACCGGAGUAGUUGCACUUCUGAAGCAGCUGCUAUCGACUGAAGGGCUUUUGAUCGAUCGGCGCGUGCGCUCGUUAGUGAGGUGUGGCUGCGCUGUGCUGCUUUUGAGAUUAAAAAAUAAUCAAGAAGCCCUUGCAGAAGGUAACAAAGUGCUACAGGAUAAUCCAUUUUGGUUACCUGGUUUUGCUGUGGUCAUCACGGCUCUGGGUAAGUUAAAAAGGACGAAGGAAGCUGCUGAGAUACGUGGGUCGGCUACGAAAUUGAUGAGGGAUGUGUAUCCUGCUGAUGAUAAUAACAUCGAUAUGCACUCUGAAGAAUUGCCUGGAAAACAGGCGGAAGCUAUAAUAAGGUCUGCAACAGAGACCGAAGUAACUGCAAAGGCUUCUCAAGAAAAUAUGCGUGAAACAAACCAGGCACUGACCAACGACGACGAAAAGGGAGCCCUGCUGCAUCAAUGCGACUCCAUGAGUGUCAUGUGGGAUGUGAUGUCUAGUCCACAAACGCAUAUGAACCACCCUUGGGGUUUGAGACCAUCAGACUGUAUCACGACAAUUCCUGGUAUGCAGGUGCUGUUGCCAAGGAAUAUCUGCAUACACGGUGCAUGUUUGGGUGAAAAAUUUGUACGCGAGGGAGUCAAAGCUUGUUUAUUUAGACCAUAG